AUGGCGGUGUGUUAGAGGUACAACCGGGGUCUUAAACUGCACUAAACUAAACUAAGCGUUUUGUAGUUUUCAAACAAAAUGAAUCUUUAUUAAAGCGAAUAUUAAUCUUGUGUGUUUGUAUCAUGGCCGGGAAUGAUGAUAAUGAGCUAGAAAGACGUGCAGUUGAGGAACUCCUCAAAGAGGCCAACAGAGGCCGGGUGCGUGCUGAGACCAUGGGCCCAGCAGGAUGGAUGAAGUGCCCUCUGGGAAGCACCAAUAAACGCUUUUUACUUAACACCCUUCGGCCGUGUGUUGAGCGUCGAUCUAGAGUUCAGGGAGGUACGUCAGGAAGAGAAGACGAAGGGAGACGGGGUGGAGAUAGAAGUUCACGUCACCGCAGCGAGGACAGAGAAAGCAGUCGUAGAAAAGACGAUGACCACAGAAGAGAGCGUUCGCAUUCUUAUUCCCAGUCAAAAAGCCACAGGUCAUCUAGGAGCGGUUUAGCACCCAGAGACCACUCUCCUCACCCCCUUAACCGGUCAAGCAGGACUCGUUCUCGCUCACCUGUCCAAAAACGGUCAGGGGACAAACAACACAGGGACAGGACUAAAAAAUGAUGCAGUUGUUUGUAUGAAACAUAAGUACUGACUGUGCAUAGUACUGUUAAUUUAUAGGUAUUGAUGAUGUUCCCUGAUGUGUAAGCAGAAACAAGGUGUGGGAAGGAUCGUGUCAACAGUAAGGAAUUAAUAAUCUUUUUGCUAAACAGUUCACAAAACAUGUGACCAUGUAACCCAACAGUCAAGUAAAAAUAGAUUCCUAAGAAUAAGAGGUUUUGAAUCUUACAAAGGCUGCUGUGGUGUAGUUUUAUCUAACUUUCCAACAUUAUGUACAGCAAUACAGUGAAAACAGAUUUUACGUACAUAUUUAAUUUAAUAUGGUUUACUCAAGCAGUUACUUGAUUCUGGUCUUGUAAACAGUUUGCUUGAAUUUUAAUAAUCAGGAAAAGCUUUUACUAGAUGAAAUGGUUAGUUAAUAUAAAUGUGUAAUGACAGAACCAGAAAUAAAAUGCUUGUCAUAUGGUACAUUUGCAACCACAUUACUUUACUAAAUGCUAUGUUCACUAAUAUUAUCUAUUAUGUUGUUGUUGCUUUUUUCCUAUUAAAGUUUGUAUUAAUUAGUAUGUAAUUUGGGACACAGCCGUAGUAUAGUAUAUCAGUGUCAUGAAAAAUAAAUUCUUGUUACUGUUUUUGUCACAGUUGAAUUGACUCCUGUCAAACUGAAUUACAGUCCUAAAUUAAUUUAUCUUAGUGAAAAUAACCAUGUAACGUGUCAUUACAAUGAGUGAUACUAACAGUGACAUUCACAGUUGGGUUGCUGCUGAAUUACAAUAAAAAUAAUUUAGUGUGUUUUUACUUUUCUUUUAACGGACGUGAUCAACAAGCACACUGAGAUUUAAAGAACAUUGGGAUUACUGACAAAUGUUUAUUGUUCUAUAAACAUCAUUUUCUUAUUUAUAGGUUAUCUUUUUUAUGUUACAAUUAAUACUUAUUAUGCAGGUGAUAAUUAUGGGCUACGAUUAGUGGGAAAUCUAAAUGCAGCAUUAUAAAACUGUUAAUUAGUUAAGGGCCUGCACUAGUCACCUGAAGAUUAAGUUCCAGCUAAUAAAUAAAGCUAAAAG